GCGAAAGAUAAGGCACGCAGAUUGACGAAGGAGGAAGAAACAAAGGAUAAGCGAAGGUGGAUGCGCUGGUCUAACGUAGCUGCGCAGAAGUCUUUACAGAUAAGUGACUACGCGGGUAGCUAUGUAAACGCUGGUGCAGCUAAACUCGGUACAGAGAGAUUCUGGCCAACUUCUGGGGACAUGCCACUAGAAAUCGAUAAGGCGGAGAGAAUUAUACGUGCGUUUACCACCGAAGGUAUUGCAAUAGACGAGCCAGUUGGCGAAGAAGGUAAACAAGGUCGCCGUAGAGUAUUUAGGAAGAUUGCUCCGAAUGUCCUCGCUGGUGCUAAGGGAAUCGCAGUUUUCACAGCUAUGAGAUCCGGUAUUAUGCCUUUUUCAGGUAGCGGUGGAAGUGGUAUCGUUAUCGCUAGACUUCCAGAUGGAUCUUGGUCUGCACCUUCGUGUAUAUGUCCUAAUAACACGUCAGUUGGUAUGAUGUUUGGACUUGACGUAUACGACGUUGUUCUCGUCUUGAGAUCCCAGAAAGCUGUAGAUGGUUUCAAGGGUAUGGCAAAUCUAACUCUAGGAGCUGAGAUCGGUAUAGCUGCUGGUCCAGUAGGAGCGGGCGCUUCUGUUGAAUCAGGAAUAGACAAGACACCAAUUUGGUCUUACGUACGAAGUAAGGGUUUCUACGUCGGUUCGGAAUUGAUUGGGCAAGUAUUUAUAGAUAGAUUUGACGAAAAUGAAAGGUUUUACUACUGGCCUGGUCUCAAAUCUGGUCAAAUUUUGGCUGGUAAAGUACGACCACCAUUAGAAGGGGCUCAAUUAUAUAGAACAUUACAUGAAGCAGAGACAGGAAUAGCACAAGGACAAUCGCUAGAAUAUGAAGCGACGAUACCCGAUGAUGUGUUAACAGAUUUAGACUUGAACGAAAAUGAGACACUUAGACUGCCACCUACUCCAGAGCAACUAGACAAAUUCGAAAAGCAAGGCUACAAAGACGAGCACGAUGUUGAAUUUGAGAGAAGAGAGCGCGAAGAGAUAAUGGCGCUUCCUGCUCCUCCGCGUCACCCAGCGAUUGUUAACUUCCUCGCACGUAAGGAAAUGGGAUUAGGCUUGACGGAUGUGAACGAGGAGGAAGAUGAGGAAGAAAAAGAAGAAGGUGCAGAGAAGGAGGUCUUUGAUGCUGAUGACGCGAUUUCGAAGGAAGACUUGUUGUUGAAGUUGAGAGAGGAGGAGCUGAAUGCAGAACUGGAGGCCUUGGAAGUUGCGUCAGAGCCUGAUAUGUCAACUGAAGCGAACAGAAAUGAUGUAGGAAUGCCACCGCCACUGCCACCUCGUAGACAUUUCAACAGGCCUCAGCUUCCAUCUCGCGCAGCGAGAUCGUCGCUGCCUGUGAUAUCGAACAGCGAGUCGAUGACAGCACCAGAAUCACCACCGCCUAACUAUAAAUCUGUGGAGCCAAACGAAGAUGUUAAGAAGACACUCGCUCUGGAUGUCGAGAAGGCAGGGCAGAAGACAUCCGAGGAGUCGCCGAAGGAAGAGUUUUUCGACGUCGCAGAUAAUGAACUAGGCGUCGCCCAUUAAUAGAAUUGUAAUAAAUAAAUGUAUUUCCU